GUGUGUGUGUGUGUGUGCGCUGGUGUUGUGCGGUCGUGUGUGCGUGUGUGUGUGUGUGUGUGCGUGUGUGCGUGCGUUAGCUACCGAGUUGAGUCUCCGACUCCAUGACAAUGGGAGAGGAAAGGUGGGGACAGAACGUCGGCGUUUGAGCGUUGAAAGAAAAACAUAAAAAUGAACUGGCACAGCCGACGGCGACUACUACAACAACAAAACAAACGCCAAAGUACGUACGAUGUUCUACUGCGGCUACAACUGUGAUAUUUGGAUAUAAAGCAUAUACAAAGCCGCCCGCACUGUAAUAAAACAAGCCCCGUGCGUAUAAACGUACGAUAGUGCCUCUGCCGCUGGACGACGGAAAGAAAGAUUGGAAAAAGGAAGAACUGAGCGAUUGAAGCAACAGACAAAGUGGCAUCACCCAUAAGCGAAAGAAGCAACCAGCAGACAGCAGCAGCACCACCACCACCACCUCAGUGAAUAUUAUUAAAGACUGCAUAUUAUACAGAAUGGUCGUCGGCUCGAAUCAUACGCGGCGCAGUGAGACUGCCGGCAGAUAUACAAAUAGCAGCAGUAGCAACAGCGGCAACACGAAUAGUGGCAACAUCUCCACCAGCGCAACGUCUUCAAUUACAAACGCAUCGUCAGUGACGGCGGCGACGACGUUGUCGUCGUCGUCGGCGUCGUCAGUGUCACACAACAACAAUAACAACAAGAGCCAAACUCUCAUUAGUUCUGCAACAGCAGCAACAUCAUCUUCUUCAGCAACAUCAACAUCAUCAUCAACAUCAUCAACGUCGUCAUCGCAUGGCAUUGGUGCAGUGGUUCAUAUGGGUGGCAGCCUUAACGGUUGUAACGGCAGCGCCGUUAGUCGCCUAUCACAAUCGACGGGCAUGUCCCCACGCGAGCUUUCUGAAAACGAUGAUCUGGCCACAUCACUGAUAUUGGAUCCACAUUUGGGCUUUCAGACGCACAAAAUGAAUAUACGCUUUAGGCCUCUGAAAGUGGAUACACAGCAGCUGAAAGCGAUUGUCGAUGACUUUAUACACACUCAGAACUAUGACAUUGCCAUACAGCGCAUCUUCGAUGGACCCUGGAUACCUCGUCACCUCAAGAAUAAGAACAAGAUAGCCACUAAGCGGCUGCACGAUCAUAUUGUACGCUAUUUGCGUGUGUUCGACAAGGACAGUGGCUUUGCGAUCGAGGCAUGCUAUCGAUAUUCGCUGGAGGAGCAACGCGGUGCGAAGAUUAGUUCAACGAAGCGUUGGUCGAAGAACGAAAAAAUCGAAUGCCUGGUCGGUUGCAUUGCCGAGCUAACGGAGGCCGAGGAGGCAGCGCUGUUGCAUUCGGGCAAAAAUGACUUCUCUGUGAUGUAUAGUUGCCGCAAGAACUGCGCUCAACUGUGGCUGGGACCCGCCGCCUACAUCAAUCACGAUUGCCGUGCGAAUUGCAAGUUCCUUGCCACGGGCCGGGACACGGCCUGCGUGAAGGUGUUGCGUGACAUUGAGGUGGGCGAGGAGAUUACGUGUUUCUAUGGCGAGGAUUUCUUUGGCGAUAGCAAUCGAUACUGCGAGUGCGAGACGUGCGAGCGACGCGGGACAGGCGCCUUUGCGGGCAAACACUCGGCAAAUCAGUUAAAUGAGGCAAUGCUUGGUUUGACCAACGGCUUAGGCUUGGGGCUGGGCCUGGGCGCUGCCGGCGGCGCCAAUGGCGGAGGCUAUCGCUUGCGUGAGACGGACAAUCGCAUCAAUCGCAUCAAGAGUCGCGCCAACAGCACCAACAGCACCUCCAAUAGCAACAGCAACGACAGCAGCAGCAAUGCGGGCCACAACAACAGCAGCAACAUCAAUGGUGUUGUUGCACCGAAUGCAGCAACAGCUGCAGCCACAGCUGCUGUGGGUAGGCCCAAGAGCAGCAGCCUAGAGCUGAAUGCAGCUGCCUUGUCGCUGGGCAAGAAGCAGCCGAAUGUGAUUGUCUCACCGCUGACUAUGAAAGAGCUGCGACAGAAGGGCAUGACUAAGUACGAUGCUGAAAUGAUAAUGGCUAAUGCGGCCUAUCAUCAACAGCAGCAGCAGCAUCACCAUCCGCAUCAGCAGCAGCAUCAUCAUCAUCAUCACCAUAUGCAUCAUUUUCACACUCACCUGCCACACACAACAGGAGCAGCAGCUGCUGCCGCAACAGCCAGUAGUAACGCUGCUGAAGCCGCCAGCCAGGCGACAGCCAUGCAAAAGCCACAGGCAGCCGCCGAGCUGAGUAAUGGGCGAGCUGCUAUUGCUGCUGCCGCUGCCGCUGCUGCUGCAACGUUACGCAAAUCGACGCGUGUGAACAGCACCAGCAGUACCAUUUCGACAGCAUCCACUGAUGAACCGCCAUUGGGCUGUACAACAGCAACAGCAACAGCGACUGCAACUGCAACUGCAACAACAACGACUACAACAAUGGCCAAUAAGGCGCCUGUGGUACUGGUACCGCGUUAUAAGCCAGCUGCUGUUGCAGCAUUGCAGCAGCAGCAACUACAGCUACAACAACAACGGCAGCAGCAGCAGCAACAACAGCAGCAGCAACGCCAGCAACAGCGGCAGCUUAGACGCAGCGAGCGGCAAACGCAGCGUCAAAAGGUCAGUAAGGAUGCAGCACAGAUACUGGGCAAAUAUCUAACGGAUAGCGAGAGCAGCGAUACGGAUUUGCACCACCACCAACAACAGCAGCUAAAGCAGCAAAAGCAGCAAUGCAACGAAGUAGCAGCAGCAGCAACUACACAAGAGAAGCGCGUAACACGCAACAGCGCCGGACGUGCAGCAGCAGCCGCGGCUGCAGCAGCAGCUGCAGCAACAGCAACAAUAACUGCCAGCAACAACAGCAACAGCAACAGUAACAGCAGCAACAUAAAAACAACGAUUACAAAUUGUAAUAAUUUAAAUAUUAGUAAUAGCUGUAGAAAUAAUGUUAGCGCUAGAUUUAGUGAUCGCAAACUAAAAUCAACCGAGCCGGCGGCAGCGGCAGCAACAGCAGCAGCAGCAACGGUAUCAACAGCUUCUUUAGCGAACAUGAUGAUGCCCUCGUCGUCAAACUGCUCCACGGCAGGUGAGCAGCAGGAACAGGCAACGGCAGCAGCAGCAGCAUCAGCAGCAGCAUCAAGACGUAGUCGCAGCAACAGUCCCGCAUAUAAAAAGAACCUAUUGUCUAGCUUUGAGCAGACUAGCGCAGGCAACAACAAGCGUCAAGCGACAACAACAUCAGCAGCAACACCUGUUGAUGAUUCCCCACACAAGCAGAAGCGCAGUCGACGUGCCGCUGCGUUGGCAGCUGCAGAGCAUAUACACUGCGAGGCUGUUGGUGGCGUGCUGCAACGUAAGCGUCAACAUACAACAGCAGCAUCAGCAACAACAACGACAACAACAGCAGCAGCAACAGCAGCCGUAAUUAGCAGCAGCACUGUGGAGCCGCUUCUAAAGACUCCAGAGCGACGGCUAAAGCUGACUUUGAGAAUGAAACGUUCGCCGAUUCUCGAUGAGGUUUUCGAGCUCGGCACAAGCUUGGGCGAGGAUCGACAACAUGCACUACAAAAUGGACAUAUUGCUGGCGGCCGAACGGGACAUGGGGGCAACAAUAUGCACAGCAACAGUAGCGGCAGCAAUAGUGGCAAUCAAAGCAACAGCAGCAAUAGCAAUCAAAACAACAGCAGCAGCAGCAGCAGUGGCGCCAACAACAACGAAGCUGAAGACGAGGAAGCGGCAGACGAGGAGGAGGAAGUUGAAGAACAAGAUGUGGACCAGCAGGCAGGGGACUCAGAGCACCAACAAAAGCAACAACUGGAUGCCACCAACUGGCGCAGUAAAGAAAAAUCACGACGCAGUCGUCGCCGCGGCUUGAAAACUGUCAGCAGUACACCACCGCCAGCAACAGUUGCUGCCAGCACUAACAGCAUCUAUGGCACGCCGCAAAAGAAGCGUUUACGCCUAAUCUUUGGCAACGAGUCGCAUACAAUAGACAUUCCACCAACACAUACAACAGCCACCAAUGCCGCAGCAACGUCAGCAAAAGAAUCCAGCGGUGUCGAUGAACUCAACAGCAGCAGCGGUGCUGGCAGUGGUACCAGCGAUGAAUCCUUUAAUGCUUCCUACGCCAGCAGCAACAGUAGCAGCGGAGCAACCAGCAUGACUGUCAACAACUCGUCGUUGAAUAGCAACAGCACGCCAACAUCGACGGCAUCCGAUACAGUUGAAGCGAUUCCAACAACCACAACACCAGCAACAGCGGCAUCCCCAACAGCAGCAGAUGCUACAACUGCAGCUGCAGCUGCUACUGCUCCUGCUACUGCUACUGCGGCAGUUGCAAUAAUUGGUCAGCCACGAAUGCCUGCAGCUGACUCGCCCACUUCGACAACAUCCAGUGUAAGCUCCUUUCAGUCGGCCUGUACCUCGACAACCAAUUUCUUUACACGCUCCAAAUCGCCGGCAAGCAGCUAUCAGCUGAAUGGCAGCCGCAGUAACAGUAGUUACAUGGGCUACUACCAACAGCAGCAGCAGCAGCAACAACAACAACAACAACAACAACAGACAACAUUUGGAAGCAGCAAACGAUGUGCAGAGCAGGCACAGGCUGUCGUUAGCAGUAGCAGCAGCAGUAACCAUGCCAAUAACAAUAACAGUAACAGCAACAGCAACAUAAACAACAACAGCAAUAGCAACAGCUCAACAAUUAGCAGCAGCAACGGCGCAACAAUUGCUGCGAGCAGCGUGUCCAGCACGCACAGCUUUCUUUCCAUGCCUAAGCAUACCUUUGGCACUUGCGCUCUGCUUGCCCCAACCAGCUUUGCCGGCCUGCAACAGCAACAACAGCAGGCAUGCAAAUUGUCUGAACAGCAACAACAGCAGCCAACAUCUUCAUCACCACAGCUGCAGCAGCAGCAGCAGCAACACCAACAACAACAGCAACAGCAACAUAGCAACAAAUAACCAACGACUGAUCUCUAUGCGAAUUGACUGCGCUGCUGCCAUUGCCAACAACAACUGCAACAACA